AUGGCCGACAUCAUGGAUGCCUACUGGCGCGCGCCAGCCAUCGCGAGAACAUUCGCGACCGCUGUCCUAGCAACCUCGAUUGCCUGCCACAUGGGCAUCAUGCCCUACAGCUGGAUCUACUUCCACUACCUGGAGCUCUUCCGCCUGCCUCCCCAGAUAUGGCGCCCCUUCACCAGCUUCCUGCUCACCAGCCCGCAGCUGGGUAUCGUCAUGGACACAUACUUCAUCUUCCAGUACGCAAGCCAGCUGGAGACGACGCACCCCAAGUUUUGCAGGAAGGAGGACUUCUUGUGGUACCUGGUCUUCUGCGGCACAGUCAUCAUUGUGCUCGCGCAAUACUUCCUUGGAAGCCUUUACUUCCUGCAGGCCUUGAUCCUAGCCAUGUGCUACACUGCCACUCAGGAUCAGAGAGGCCAGAAGGCUGGCUUCUUCUUUUUUACCGUUCCCGCUCAGCUCAUUCCGCUCUGCAUGAUGGGCGCCAGCCUCCUUAUGGCAGGACCCCACGUCAUGCUCCUGCAGCUGACCGGGCUCGUCGCUGCUCAUCUGCACGACUUCCUCACCAGGCUGUGGCCAGAAUUCGGCGGUGGCGCCAACUGGAUCCCCACCCCUGCCUUUUUCGCACGCCUAGUCACCACUCCUCGCUUCAUGCAGCGUGAGUACGGCACAGCCAUCCGCAACGAUCCGAGGGCGGGCACCUCCACCGGCGCGCAGGGCAGGGGCCCACUUCCCGACUCCUGGAAGACGAGAGGUUCCGGGCACCGUCUAGGUUGA